AUGGUCUGUCUACAGGCUCAUCUCUCCUACGCCUCAUGGCGUCUGAGGGUCUUCCACGAACUAUUCCGCCCCAAUCCCUCCACCCGGGUCGCCUUUUCCCGCGUACGCGCCUUUUCCACCCCGGCAGCCGAAAGACCUCUCUCCCCCGAAGCAUCAACACCUAACGCGUCCCCCACAGACAGCGUCCAAGAAACCGCCCCCAUCGACAAUGCCGCAGAACCCACCCCUCAGAAUGAGAGGCAUCCACCCCGCCGCCCCUCCGAGCUUCUCCCCCAUUCUCCCCUCAUCACCCACCCCAAGCCCGGACACGCACGACUUCACAAGCCCAAACGACGCCCGGUCGCCGGCGAAUCCGACAUCCACCUCAACCCCUGGGCUCAGGCCCUCGCGUCCCCGGUCCGCACCUGCAAGCUGACAGGAACACGCAUGCCAAGCGCGCUGAUGACGAAAUGGGGAUUCGUGAAGCGCAGCGAGGAGGACGAGAAUAUGUAUCUCGUCCCAGUGGGGGUGAUGAAAGACAAACUCUCCCCACGUACCACCCCCGGUCCAAACGAUCCAAGCAACCGAAACGAGAACAAGUACAAGAACCUUGGACAGCUCACCAUCCGAAUUGUCGACCGGCUCCCGCUCCUCCGAACCAUCACGGAGAAAUACUGGAAGAACAGGAGCAAGAAAUCCCGCAAGACCGCGCCGCUGGCAAAACUGAUCCCGUAUCGGUGGAAGCACCCGGUCGGGCCGGUUACGGUGGAAGAGGAGGGGCAAACGGUGUGGCGCGAGGACAUGCCCGACUUCGCCCUCCGGAUGAUGCGCGAGGAGGUGGUCCGCGCGCUGAAGUGGGCGUCGGAUACAUCGCACCGGUUGGAUCGCAAGGUGUGGACGGCCUUUCCCGACGUGAAAUACGCCGGGGUUGCGAUUUCAAGUAUAACAUAUGAGAUGAAGCCGUUUGAGCGCAUGGGGUGCAGUGCGGUGUUGGUACUGGAUCGCAAUGGGGUCAAGCCCAGUUCCACGCAUGGCGUUUUACCCAAGAUUCCGACGACGGUGUUCAUCUCGCACAAGAGAAAGAGGGUCCCCGUGUUUGAUCUCACGGUUAUGUUUUCCGAGGCAGAACUGCGGGAGCUCCGGGCGCACCAUCCGCGGUUCGACAACAUGGUGCUGGUGUUCCGUCCCGAUAGCAAACCCACGGUGAACGCGAUGCUGCUGCUGUGGAAGCUCAAGGGCCUGAUAUACCAAGACCCGGUAGUCGAGCCGCCGCGGAUUCGGCACCACAAACCGCCCAGCAUCUGGAGGACUCGGCAUAUCCUAGAGCUUUUAACUCAAGCCGAACAGCUAUCACCAGAAAAGUGAUGGAUAUUGUUUGUCUGUCUGUCUGUCUGUCUGUCUGUCUGUCUAUAGUAUCUCGAUACCCACCACACAUGCAUGUACUCUAUCUGUAAGUAGUUAGAAGCAAGCGAG